AUAAUUAAACACUGUAAUUAACCUACCCGACCCGAACAAAAUUUUAAAAAAUAGCAGAGUAGCCAUGGCAGAGGGGGAAAGGGAAAGGGAAAGGGAGAGAGAGAGAAUGGUGAGUAAGUGCUGCAGGCAGCAGGCCUGCAAGGUCACAGCGACAGAGAAAACUCAUUCAAUGGAAUAAAUAUUUGUGUUUGCUUCGUCUACAGACAGGUUUGUUGCUGUUGCUGUUGCUAUUGCUGCUUCUGUUGUUGUUAUCCCCUAAAUUGUGCGGGCGCUUUCGUCUCUUAAAAAGGGAUAAAAUGGGGAAUGCAAUGCAAUGCCGCUUUGAAUUUUUCCUAGUGUGAAUGGAAUCCAAAGGCAAAUGGAAAACCCUAAAAGCCAAAUCCACUCUCACAGCGUUUUGAUUUGGUGGGCUAAUGUGAUUGGUGGAGACCAAUCUUUUUCAUCCUACAGAUAGAGAGAGAGAAAGAGGCAAUGCAAUUUAUCUGCGCGUGAUGGGAUUGGAUUGGUUCAAGCUGGGUUUCUCAUCAGAACCUAAAGACAGUCAAUUUUUUGCAUAUGCAUCUUUAUCCACUUCACACCCGCACCAGGAGGCUUGUUUCCCUUUCCUCUCUCUGUUUUUUUAAUUCUUUUCAUUUUUAUAUUCUUUUCAAUUCUGGAACCUUUUUCUUUUUUAAAUUUAAUCCUAUCUACUAUACUUCUUUCUAUUUUUGUUCAGACGUGGGUAUGGAAUGGUUAUCCUUAUUUUUCUCUCUCCCCCUCUUUUAUGUUUUAUGCUUAUCUCUUGUUCUGAUUUUAGUUUUGCUAAUGUUGCUUUGCCCUUAAGUGAUUUGCCAAUAUUUAUUUGGUUCUGGUUCAGGGAAAUAUUUACAUGUAGGAGUUAGUCAGUGCUAGACUUGAAAGAUUUAAUCUUUUUUAAGAUCAAACACAUCCCUUUUUUUUUGAAUGAAUGAAGAUUAUACUAAUUUCAUUAGAAUGGUCUUUAGAAAACUUUUUAGUGAUAUUGCCAUAACAGCGUUGAAAAUAAACACAAUAAAUGACGCUAGAGGCAACGUGGGAGGUGGGGAUACUUGUUCUCUAGCAACCAUCAUUAUUGACUUGGUGAUCAUCUGUGACCACCGUGAACCGGGUGAACUAUCUUGUUUGUUUUCCCUUUUUCCUUGAAGACAAUCGCCAAGUUGGGAUUGUGAAGACAACUCAUUCAUGCUCAAUGCCCUUAUUAAUUAUUUUGUUAUGUAGUAAUAAUUUGAGUUGUCCAAACUGUCUAUUCUAAAUUUUACACCUACGGAGCUACUGCUAGCAUGUAAAUAUCUAACAACAUCUAAUGGUUGAUUAAAUACCCAUUUUUGUGUCCAGAUGAUUAUAGGAGAAUGGGUGUUAUCUGGUCAUGUUUUGGUGGUAUAGAGUAUAGAAUUUAAUCUGUAGAGGAGGAGUUUGGUGCUUGGAUAUACAGAUGGAAUGGUCUUGAAAGUACCGUGAUUGAGAAUGUGUAUCCUACAUGGUUGAGAUUUUAUGAGAAUUUAAUUGAUUAAGGCAUUUGGUGAGACUCCUACUCUUUAUGUAAAACUUUAAUUUAUCCAGACACUUGAUUUGGAAAUUGUGUCUCUCUUUAUCUAAACAUUUAAGAGGGCUUAGGGUUCUAGUGGAGAUUGUUUUUAAGCAUUAUUACUUUCGGAAUUAGAAAGAUACAUUUGCUUCCUACGUAGACAACAUUUUAUACUAGGGAACAAGCAAGAGUCUUAGUUCCAAAUUUAAAUAUUUAUAGUUAUUAUUACUAAUAUAUAGUUUUAAAAUCAUUUGUGAGAAGUAGAAGUUUAUAUUUACAGCAGUAAAAAUUUCUCUCCACUAGGCUUUAUUUUCACCUAAUUGCUGCCUGAAAAAACCUGCUAAAGGCCAUAGAAGCCAUGCCUCUGGCUCUGUCACACGCCAAUUUGAAUGAGAAAAUGCAGUGAAAAAGCUCAGUAAAAGGGACAUCAAGUCGGCGAAAUGGUAUUAUAAGGGAAAAGAUGAUGGUAUGGAGCAUUUCUGUCUUUUAACAUGCCGUGGAAUGCCUUUACAAAAGGUCCAAGUACUCUGUUUCAUCAACAGACUCGAAUCAUGUUGAACAAAUUGUUUUAAACAGAAAUAUUGGAAAAUUUUCUUUUUUCCUAAAAAAAGAAAAUAAAAAAAGAAGUUAGCAACAGUAAUGGAGAUUCUUAUGUCAGUCCCUAUAGGCUUUUGCUGACGUUUUGAGAGCCUGGUCCCAUCGUACUUGCAGACAAGAUACCAGAAUAGCUGUCAAUCAUGUAUUCCUAAACUGCUGUUUGGAUAUGAGUUAUCCCUAGUAAAUCAGGAAUUUGCCUUCAAAACCUGCAUCCAAUUACCAAAAGAACCUUGCUUCCUUAUCAGCUUAAGAAUCCAUGUAGUUUAUGUUUCUUUUAGGAAUCAUUCAGUUUUUUCCUUUUUGUUUAAUAACUAGGAAGUACUUCUUUCCCCUUUAUGCCAUACUUGGAUUCUUCCCCUGAAGCAUUUGGAUUCAUAUUUUUCCUGAAGAAUAUUAGUCAUUUGCUUAAGAAAGCGAUAACGUUAUCUUUUUGAUUAAGAAUUAGUUUGUCAGGUGUCAGAGUAUCAUGUUAGAAAAUUUGUAGAUUUAAUGUCAUUACCGUGGAUAUCGAUGAGAUUACACACAUUUUCUCCAACAAUUUUGAUGUCAUUACUAUGGCUGCUAAUGAACUUUUUAAACAUUUUCAAUUGGUGAGAAAUGAUGAUUAAGCAAUCGGUUGAGAUGAGGCGGUAUUGAUGCAAGCACACACCUUUUGGUCUUAUCUCGUUUUCAUGCAUAGCUUAGGAGUGCAUGUGCAUAAUAAAGGCAAUUUUAGUGGAUAUCUAUCCUGUCCUAAUUUCUAUUGUUUUAUAGUUAAAUCUUAUCAGCGGAUGGUCUUGUUAGAUUAAUUUCAUCUUUUGUAGUCAACAGAGAAAGGCUGUUUUGUAAUGGAAACCUCCUAACUGCAUAUUUAAUGCAGGAAAGUAAACGGUAACAAAUGUUGUUUGCCGAAAUAGGGAAAAAUCCAAAAGAAUUUAAAAACCCUAGACUGUGCCCAGCUAGUAUUUAUAACACCCAUGAGGUCCUCCCGGACUACUCCGGAUCAGCCUCUUCCUCUGUCUGGCUUUCGUACUUUGUCCCUAAAAGAAUAUUGAGAGAAAACCAUGAUCCUCCCUACCAUCCUCUCUGCAUUCCUAAGUUGAAUAAGGAAGAAACCCAAAAAGUAAGAGAAAUAGGAAGAUGAGGGGUCGAUCUUCAAAGCAAGAAACCAAACAAGAAAUGGAAAUUGAUAACGUUAGUAAGCUCAAACAGGAACCCCAUCUCUCAGGUGCUUACAUUCGUAGCCUUGUUAAGCAACUAACCUCCUCAAGAACAAAAGACACCAUGAACACCAAAGACCCCGAUUGUAUUGAUGCUGAUGAUCAUUCUGGCCAAAGUAUGACCAAAUUGGGAGAUGGCUAUGGUGAAAAAACCCCACAGACGCAGCAACCCCAACAACCUCAGCAACACAAAAAACAAGUUAGGAGAAGACUCCACACCAGUAGGCCUUACCAAGAAAGGCUUCUUAAUAUGGCUGAGGCUAGGAGAGAGAUAGUAACUGCACUUAAGUUUCACAGAGCUGCUAUGAAACAAGCUAGUGAACAACAGCAGCAGCAGAAACAACAGCAAGAACAAUCACAAGCCUUGGAUCUUUUACCAACACCAUCCUUUGAACAAGAAGCAAAGAUAAAAUCUAGGAGAAAUCCUAGGAUAUACCCCUCAAGCACAGCCAAUUUCUGUAGUUAUGCAGAAAACUUGUCUUACUCGUCUUUCUCUCCUCCACCUGAUCCAUUCUCUUGGUCUACUUCCCAAAUUUCUCCGCCUGUUCCUGAAGUUUUCAAUUUUAACCUUCCAAGCCAAACCUUAGGCUUAAAUCUCAAUUUUCAUGAUUUCAGCAAUAUAGACACCUCUCUCUACCAUAGCAGCAACAACCCUUCAAUCUAUUCAUCCUCGUCACCAUCAUCAUCUUCUUCUCCUGGUAUUUCUAUUGCCACUGAAGAAGUUCCUCCCGUCGUCGUAUCACAGGAGGUGGCGAUGACUCCCACAUUUGAUGCCAUUGAAUCCUGUGGUGGAGGCGGUGGCCUGCAUCCCGUGAUGGAUGAUGAGGAAAUGGCAGAGAUCAGAUCAAUAGGGGAGCAACAUCAGAUGGAAUGGAAUGACACCAUGAAUUUGGUAACUUCCGCACGGUGGUUCAAGUUCUUGAAGACCAUGGAAGUCGGGCCGGAAGUGAAGGCAGAGGAUGAUGGGUACCAGCCGUUUGAGGAGGUCAUGGAGUUUCCAUCCUGGUUGAAUGCAAAUGAGAGCUGCUUACAGCAACAUUUCAGUGCUUACUGCUCGGAUGGUUACUUCCAAGAUCCUGCCUUACCAUGCAUGGAUAUUGAAGAAAUUGAUGGCAUGGAUGGGGAGUGGCUAGCUUGACAAGGAUUGAUUAUUUUUUUGUCAAUCAAAUCUUUGUUUCCUUUUUUGUUUUUGUUUCAUAUUGAUUUUGGGUAGGAUGUUUUCUUGUAAUAAGGAGGGCUUGCUGAGAUGUUUUUGCACUAGAAUUGGCAAAAAGCUCUUGAGAGGGUAAUAAUAGUGUGGUUCCACAGGACUCACUACUA